AUGGGUGGCGGUGGAGGCAAACCUCUGAAUAUCUUCCGUCUGGGGAGUUCUAUGGCGGAUGAACCCAGAGAAGUUCUCAAUUGGAGACUUUGGUUCGCUGUCGUCUCCUUUGGCAUUAUGGGAGCUGCUAGAGGCGUGGAUGAAGGGUUAAUCAGCGGCACUUUCAACACGGACGACUUCCAGCGCCUUCUGGGGUUUGACAAACUCGAUGAAGAUCAAUAUGCAAAUGUCAAGGGCAACGUCUCUGCAAUGGUCCAGAUCGGGAGCGUGGGCGGCGCUCUACUCGCCUUCAUCCUCGCUGAUCGUAUUGGUCGUCUCUGGGCUACUCGACAAUUGUGCCUUGUUUGGAUUUUCGGAAUCGUCAUCUUCCUGACAAAUAACGGGCGGUUGGGCCAAGUGUACGCUGGCCGCUUCAUUGCAGGACUAGGAAUUGGCCAGACCACUGUCAUCGCGCCUGUCUAUCUUUCCGAAAUUUCACCCAAGGCGGUCCGAGGACUUUGCACCUGCGUGUUCUCGGGUUCGGUGUACAUCGGAAUCAUGCUCGCAUACUUUUCGACUUGGGGAAGCAGCCUCCACAUCGACCAGAACAAGUCCAGCUCCUGGAUGGUGCCGACAUCCCUCCACCUGAUGUUUGCUGGCCUUAUCUUCAUCUUGUCAUGGUUCAACAAUGAAUCACCUCGGUUCCUGAUCAAGAAAGGCAAAAUAGACCAUGCAAUAGCCAAUUUGGCCAAGAUCCGAGGACUUAGUCCCGACGACGAAUACAUCACGGCAGAGAUCAACGGUAUCAAGCACCAGCUGGAUGAAGAGCAGGAAGCAACAAUGGGCCAGGGAUUUUUGGGCAUUAUUCGAGAGAUGUUCUGCAUGCCCAACAACUUCUACCGGAUUUACCUGGGUCUCGGCGUUCAGUUAUUUGGUCAAUGGUCAGGUGCUCAAAGUAUCACCAUGUAUGUUCCCCCUCCUCGUAAUAGUUCAAGACCGACCCCGGCAUGUGGAGUCGUAAAGUUUGUCGCAUCGAUAAUCUGUGCCUUGUUCCUGGUCGAUGUUAUUGGACGAAAGAGAUCGUUGUCCGUCGGCAUCGCACUCCAGGCGAUUUCCAUGUGCUACAUUGCAGCCUUCCUGACAGCCGUGCCCAACAUCGACGAUAACACAGUCUUCACACCUUCUCAGAAGCAUGCUUCGACAGGCGGUAUUGUCAUGAUAUACAUCUCGGGCGCGGGAUGGGCGUUGGGCUUCAAUAGCAUGCAGUAUCUGCUGAAUGCCGAGAUCUAUCCCCUCAGGAUCCGUGCCGUGAGCAGCUCUUUGGUCAUGUGCUUCCAUUUUGUCAACCAAUACGGCAACUCACGCGCGGUGCCCAACAUGCUGCUCAGCCUCAGUCCCCGAGGAACGUUCUGGUUUUUCACCACGAUCACGAUCCUCGGUGGGAUAUGGGCUUGGUUCUUUAUCCCCGAGACAAGCGGUCGUAGUCUCGAGGGCAUGGACGCAUUGUUCCGCCUUCCCUGGUACAAGAUUGGAAGAUACGGACAACGGGAAGCUGACGCCAGUGAUCAGCUGGCGAGAGAGAGGGUGUUGGAGGAGAAGGCGGCUGUUGGGGGAAGUGCUGCCCAGGUGGAGGUGGUUCAACACGAGAAGGUAUAG